AUGAUAGCAGCAUUACAUUUAAUAUUAAUUUAUCUUGUUCAUACUCAAUUAUCUAAUGCUCAUAAACAACAAAUUGCGGAUAAUAGAAAUUAUAUUAAAACAAUAACAGAUAUCAUACUGUACUUGACACGUCAGGGUCUAGCAUUUAGGGGACAUGAUGAGAGAUUAUGUUCAAACAACCAAGGAAAUUUUAAAGAGGCCUGUAAACUAUUUGCUAAACAUAAUCCUCAGUUUUCUAAUUAUUAUAAUAACACUAUUAACCAUGGAAAUUGGUUGAUUCAGAAUGAUAUUGCCAAUAUUUGUGCUCAACAUGUUAAGAACUCUAUUAUUGAUGAAGUUAAGACUUAUUAUAUGUACUCUAUUAUGUGUGACGAAGCCAGGUCAUUUAAAGAAGAGUAUAUGGCUUUUUGUAUUCGAUAUGCCAAUGGAUUAUGUGUAGAAGAAAGAUGUCUAGGGUUCAUUAAAGUUUCAGAAAAUCAAAACGCUGAAUCUCUGACUUCUGCAAUUUUUUCAUUCAUUGAAUCAUGUAAUUUAAACUCUGUUUCUAUAAUUGCUCAAUCGUACGACGGGGCUGCAGUUAUGUCAGGCAAUAAAAAUGGGGUUCAAUCGAAGGUACGCUCCAAACACCCAGAAGCUAUCUAUAUUCAUUGUAUGGCCCAUAAACUAAAUCUUGUAGUUGUCGACACAUGCAAAAAUAUUAAGGUUUGCUUAAAAAAUAUAACUAAUCAAUUACAACAAAAAACUGCAACACUAGGUAAUACUGGUGUAACUGUUAUUGGAGUGAUAGAAUCGUUUAGAAAAAAACGAAAUGCUGCAGAAUUCUCUAAGCUUUGGCAGAAUAUUGUCAACUUUGCUAACAAAAAUAAAAUUUCAUUAGAAACACCAUCUCUAAGCAAAGAGGAAUAUUGGCGUAUUCAUGCUUAUUAUCAAGUAAUUGACAGUGUUAUAAUUAACAUGGAAGACAGAUUUUCAGAACAAAGUUUGAAAUUGGCUACUUCGAUUGAUAAUUUACUCAAAUUAAAUUAUGAAAAAAGCAAAUAUUUUGUUGAUCAAUAUGAAAGAUUGACAUGUGUAAAUAGAAAGAUAUUAGAAGCAGAGAUGACAGUAGCAAAAAAUAGCUUACUACAAAAUAAAGAAACAUUUGAAUUAGCUGACAUUAUUAGUACUGUAAACCAAUCAGUGUAUCCAAAUAUAUAUAAACAUUUACAACUUGCUAUAACAAUCCCAGUUAGUUCGUCUACAUGCGAACGAUCUUUUAGCACAAUGAGAAGAGUCAAGACUUGGCUCAGAACCACCAUGGCUGAAAAUCGUUUUAGUUCUUUAGCUUUGUUAAACAUAGAAAGUGAUUUAUCAAACAAAAUUGAUUCUGAAGUAAUUGUUAAUAAAUUUGCGGAACAAGACCGAAGGAUUGUGCUAAAAUAA